GUCGGUGUUCACACUGUGCGUUUUGUUUCUUUUCGGUAGUAACAUGUCGGCGGAGGGAAGAAGGAUGGAACAGGAUCUGUCUGUUUAUAGUCCGGUGCACUGCGAACCUGUCGAGAUGGGCUUGUUGCCGAAAGACAAGCUGAGUGGUGAGAAAGUGGCAGCGUCCGGAAAAAGCCUUGCAGGUCACGCAGCAAAAUCGCUCCCUCCGUCGUCUCCAUCUUCCGUUUUCGGUCGCGCUAAAAUGAGUGUGUGGGGGCCAGGCAGUAAGACGCCGGUCUCUCCAUCGUCCUCCUCAAUGUCCUCUCCACCAUCCACGUCCAGUCCUCCACCCAAAGUCCACCGAGCCCGCAAGACCAUGAACAGACCCCCUGUCUCACAGGUGCGUACUGUCCAGAACGCUGUAACUCCAGACAAACCAAAAACCAGUAGCACGUCGGACACUGAUACAGCUGUAAAGAAGCAGAAGUUGGACACUGACUCCUCAGCGCCCCCUGCAGAGAAGCCUGAGAAAUCCUUGGAGCAAACAACGGAGUCAUCAGAGACAGUAUCACCUGUAUCACCUGUUCCUGUGAUGGAGAGGGCAGAGCCUGUUGCUCCAGAGACCAAAGACCUGAGCUGUGGUUGGCUGGAGGGUCUAGAUGACGAUGCAGAUGAGGAAGAUUUCCACCUAUUGUACAACAGUUACGCAGGAGAUGACAUCAUCUACUCUGACAGCAAGUCUGAAGAUGGGAUGAUGGAGGGAGAGGAUGUGCGAAUGGAGGAUGAGGCAGAGAGAAUAUCUGAUCAUGGGUCUUCAUCCGAUCAGCCAAGAGGAGGGCGAAAAAAGAAAGGAGAGCAAGAAUCACCAUGGAAACAGCAAAAAAAAGGAAGGAAGAGAGGCUCAUUGCCAGCUGCAGAAACAGACAGAGCCCCUCCAUUAGGAGGCUCCACUGAGUACACUGAAGUUCCUCUGGGGUCUCUGGACAACUCUGCUGCAGACAGUCUCACACUGUCUCCUCACACAGAUGAUCGAGAGAUGGAGCGGAUGGAGGAGUUGCCGUUGUGUAGCUGUAGAAUGGAGGCUCCACGUGUGCACAAACUGGCAACGAGCACACAACCAACCUGCAUGGCCAUUGAGAGCGUCAAUGGACAGCUUGUGGGCUGUACCAACUCCAUCAUAAAGGGGGAGACGAUGCGCCCGUCCAGCCGAGUCUCUCUCAUGGUGCUGUGUGAAACUCAUCGCUCUCACAUGGUGAAACAUCACUGCUGUCCGGGCUGUGGCUACUUCUGCCUGUCUGGGACCUUCCUAGAGUGUUGUCCAGACGUCCGUAUCGCUCAUCGGUUCCACCGUGGCUGUGUGUCAGUUCUGGGGGGUGGGCGGAGCCGAAGCAGCUCUGUAGGCGUUGGCCUGCUUUUCUGCCCCCAUUGUGGCGAGGAUGCCUCUGAGGCACAAGAGGUCAUCAUACCUCCGUCAUCAUCUUCAGGGGCAGCUGUUGUCACGGCAACUGCCUCCUCCACCACUCCGCUUCUCCCUUCUGCACUGGCAGCCGCAAACACGGCGCUUAGCAACGAAAGGAGGACCGGGGAGCCAAUCAGUGCCAGGAUGCACUGGCGUGGUGAGUUCAGGAAAGGGGUGGGGCCUCAGUCCACAUCCCCCAAUGCUGCUACAGCUUCAGGAGUGGGUGGAGUCGAGGAUGUGGUUUCUCUGGGUGAGGGGGGUGUAGAUAGUGUUGGCCCCUCCCUCGUCCUCCCCAAUGGAAAGCCGGUGUGUCCUGGUGCACUUCCUGCUGGAGACAGCAGGGCGGCGCUGCAGAGAGCCAUUCUCAGUCAGGAGACUGAGAGGAAGAAGAAGCUGCGGUUCCACCCACGACAGCUCUAUCCGGCCGCCAAACAGGGCGAAGUGCACAGGGUUCUGCUCAUGCUCAUGGAGGGUAUAGACCCAGUGUACCAGUCUGACUCUCAGAACCGACGCUCUGCUCUUCAUGCUGCUGCUCAGCGCGGCCUGCUAGAGAUCUGUUACCUGCUCAUCCAGGCAGGCGCUAAAGUGGAUGCCCAGGAUAAGAGUCAGAGGACUCCACUACUGGAGGCCAUCAUUAACAAUCAGGUGGAGGUGACGAGGUACCUCAUACAGAGCGGAGCGUGUGUUUACCACGUCGAGGAGGACGGCUCCACAGGUCUCCAUCAUGCUGCUAAGCUGGGGAAUUUGGAGAUCGUCACGCUGCUGCUCAACACCGGACAGGUGGACAUUAACGCUCAGGACAGUGGUGGUUGGACUCCUAUAAUCUGGGCUGCUGAACAUAAACACACUGACGUGAUCAGAGCGCUGCUGAACCGAGGAGCCGACGUCACGCUGAAGGACAAGGAGAUGAACGUGUGUGUGCACUGGGCAUCGUUUGCUGGCAGUGCUCAGAUCGCUGAGCUCAUCCUGAAUGCUGGGUGUCCUCUGACCUCCGUCAACCUGCACGGGGACACGCCCCUGCACAUCGCCGCCCGCGAGGGACACCUCCACUGCAUCACGCUGUUCCUGUCCCGAGGGGCGGAUAUUGAUGUCGUGAAUAAAGAAGGGGACACACCCCUCUCCUUGGCGCGACCUGAUUCGCCAGUGUGGGUGGCGCUCCAGAUAAACAGAAAGUUGAGGAGAGGGAUAGCCAAUCGGAUUGUGCGGACGGAGAGGAUCAUCUGCAGUGAUGUGGCUCAGGGUUAUGAGAACGUGCCGAUCCCGUGUGUUAACGGUGUGGAUGAUGAAGACUGUCCAUCAGACUACAAAUACAUCGCCGAGAACUGUGAGACCUCCGCCAUGAACAUCGACCGCAACAUCACACACCUGCAGCACUGUACCUGUACAGAUGACUGCUCCUCCAGUAACUGCCUGUGUGGACAACUCAGCAUCCGCUGCUGGUAUGACAAGGAUCAGCGUCUGCUGCAGGAGUUUAAUAAGAUCGAGCCUCCUCUGAUCUUUGAGUGUAACCUCGCCUGCUCCUGCCACAAGACCUGCAAGAACCGAGUGGUGCAGGCUGGAAUCAAGGUGCGUUUACAGCUGUACCGCACUGAGAAGAUGGGAUGGGGAGUCCGAGCUCUUCAGGACAUUCCUCAGGGGAGCUUCAUCUGCGAGUAUGUUGGGGAACUGAUCUCUGAUGCAGAAGCAGAUGUGAGAGAAGACGAUUCAUAUCUGUUUGAUCUAGACAAUAAGGAUGGAGAGGUGUACUGCAUUGAUGCACGUUACUAUGGUAACAUUAGUCGUUUCAUUAACCACCUGUGUGAUCCGAACAUCAUCCCGGUGCGAGUGUUCAUGCUGCACCAGGACCUGCGUUUCCCCCGAAUAGCUUUCUUCAGCUCCAGAGACAUCCUCACAGGCCAGGAGCUUGGGUUUGAUUACGGAGACCGUUUCUGGGACAUUAAGAGUAAGUACUUCACGUGUCAGUGUGGCUCGGAGAAGUGUAAACACUCUGCAGAGGCCAUCGCUCUGGAACACAGCAGGCAGGCGCGCCUCGACUCCUUCCCAGAACCCACCGCCGAACCCGGGUUCAUCGCACCAGGAAACUCCUAAACUCCUCUCGGACACAGUGACGCAGUGCAUUGUGGGAGUUCUGAGCACUGUACAGCUGCGUCGGUUCUCAAACACGAUGAAUUUGUCCUCUUGGAUCUGUGUUGAUCUCCGUUUGUACAGACUGUAAUAAAGACUAAGGAUCUGCUCUCAUAACUGUUCUAACGCUGUUCCUGAUGCGCUCUCGUCCUCUAACCUUCACUGAAAACUCCUGUUUGAGGUUGUUAAUGCAUCAACUUGUUGGUUAGAUGAGCGUUUGAGGCAGAACUUACCCAGAAGGUACUGCUGGAGUCCAUCCACCAUCGUGAAUGUUCUGAACCUCUCUCUAGUCAAGGGGUUUGGAUUGAGAGUUCUAGAGUACUGGCUGUUUCAGGGCUCUAGAACAGGGUUCUGGAAUAUGUACUAGCCCAUAAUUUCCAGAAGACCUCCUGAUUAAUAGGUUCUAGGAACCUUACUGGUCAGGUUCCUCCAUCAGACAUUCCUCGUCAGUGGGUUUUCCAGCACUUCCUGAUUUAUGGUGCAGAUGGAGCUGCAUCUUCUCAAAUUAGCCACUUAUCAGACCAAGCAGGGAGCUGUGAGGCUCGUUUUAGCUCGAGUGUUCUGUCAGUCUGAUGGAGCUCGCUCUCUCUCACGCACGUGUGUGUCGUGGUCUUGGUGGUAAGUGGUUGAGGGUGCAUUAGAAGCAGUGUUAAACGUGUGUAUGUUGGAGAGUGCACUCUGCCUGUGCACCUGUAAAGUGUAUAAUGUAGUGUAAACUAGUUCUUUCAGUAGUGUUUGUUUCUUUUUUUAAUGAGCUUUGGCCUGAAUAAUUUUCCUGAAAAUGACAGCUGUUUUUAUUACUAUGAUGUAGUUUGAAUAAAUAUUUGAUACAACAGUGA